AUGCCGAGUCUCCAGGACGACUGGGCCGCGGGGGUGGGGUGGCAGGCUGGGCGGCGCCGGGGCCGAGGGGGCGAGCGGGGCCGACACCGCGACCCUCGCCCGAGAGCGCCCGCCCGCCCCCCGGAGCGCGAGCUGGAACCUCGGCGGGCGGGCGGCACCCCGCGGGCGGCAGCGCCUCUCAGGGGUCGUCCCCAUGCGGCUGGCGGAGCAGGUGUCGGCCAGCUGCGGCGACUCGGCGGCCCGGCGGCCCAGGUGGGCCUGGGAGCGGGUGUGCGGGCGUCGGGGCGCGGGAAAUCGCUCGGGGCUCCCGGAGCGGCCGGCUGUGAGGCGGCGGGGGUCGGCCGGGUCAGGCUCGCCUCCUGCGAGGUGCCCGGGGCCCUCGACGACGGUCGCGUCCCCAUUGCCCUGCCGCGCAGCGCGCCAUGGCCCGGCCUCCAGAAAGGCCUUCGUGCACGUGGGGGCCUGGCCCGCGCGGGCCCCGCAGGCCGCCGCUGCCCGGCUCACUCCCGCCUUCCUCCCCGCGCCUGCUCUAGCUCCGUGAGUCUAGCCGAGGUGUGGGACCAGAGGGCGAUCGGGCGCUACCACGAGCUGUUCGCGGCCUCGCUGGGCAACCUGGAAUGGUUGCGGUUCUGUCUAAAUCGGCACCGUGGGGAAAUCCCGGCCGAUGACAAGGGUUUCACUGCCAUCCACUUUGCAGCCCAGAGCGGCAGGCUUGCAUGCCUGCAGGUCUUGGUAGAGGAGUACAAGUUUCCCGCGGACCUGCCCACCAACGAUGGCCAGACACCUCUACACCUUGUCAUGCACAGUGACAACAAGACCAUGGCCCUCCCCUGCAUUCACUAUCUGAUUAAGCAAGGGGCGGCCCUCAACACUCAGACGUGCAACGGCUCCACACCCCUGCACCUGGCAGCCCGCGAGGGCCUGCUGAGCUGUGUGAAGGUCCUGGUGCAGAAAGGUGCCAAUGUUCAUGCCCAAGAUGCCAGGGGCUGCAAGCCCAUCGACUACUGCAAAAUAUGGAAUCACCGCAUCUGUGCCCGGUUCUUGAAGGAUGCCAUGUGGCAACAGGACAAGAAGGACUUUGCCCAUGAGAUGGCGAAACUGAAGAGGCUCAAGAAGCAGCUGGCGCUCACGGAGGAGGACUGCCUGACUGAGUAUCAGAAAGAGCAGCAAAUUCUGAGAGAAGCUGACUUCAAGAAGUGGCUACAUCGCAAGCUGCUGCCCCAAGGCCAAUCCCUGAUCCGCAACACUCAGGGAGCGCCCCGUCCUCCACCCCAGGCCACUGUGCUCUCCAAGACCCCCAAGCACCGGGCACCGGGGCCUCUCAAGAGCGUCUACCCCUCCCGAGAGGCGCGCCUGCGACAGACGCUGCAGCCCAGUCAGCCCUCCGUGAUGCCUAUACCCACCUGCAAGCAGCCCAUGGUCAGGCGGCCCAAGGUGUGGAAUCUCAGCAACAACCCUGUCAGGUCCCCCACCGCCCAGAUCGGCUACCCGCAGGGCAUCCGCCUGGGCGUGCAUCCCGACCCCAGGCCGGAGCACGACUUCCGCUGCUUCCUCGAGGUGAGGUCUGACGGGCACGGUGGUGCGCUCCUGCGCACGGUGGCCGGCCACCAGGUGGCGCCUGUGCCCCGGCUGCCUUUAGAGGUGAUAAUCCGCGAGCUGUACCCGUCGGUGCAGCCGUGCAGGAUGAAGGUGCCCCAGGGCUUCUGUUCUGUCACCAUGAGAGAGGUGCCCCGGAAGCGGCGCCUGGGUGAUGGCGCCUUCUGGACCGACACUCUGAGCAUGAACCUGCGAGAGACAUUUGACGAAGGCUUCCUGGCAGCUGUGCGAGCCCAUCAAGGGCUCCCCGCUCUGCCCUCCCCCAAACCACCCCACACUUAA